AUUUUCUAACCUGGAGUACAUCGUGCGUGUUUUUAUACGAAAAAUAUGUUUCGCAGAUUUAACCGUUUUUUCUAUCGUUAAGGUGGUCUGUGUUAAGUUAGGGAUGCAGUAAAGUCAGAAAAUAAUUUAUUUGCAAAGGAAAAUGGCAGCUUCUUGGCAGAAAAAUGUCGACUUCUCACCGGAUUGCACCGAAGAAGAUUUACAGAAGAAAAUAGCACUGAAACAGGAACAACAUCUGAUCCCAUUAAAAGAAGACCUGGCAGAAUGGUUAAAUAAAACAUUAGAAAUCGAAGAAAUUACAGCCGACAACUUCCUCUAUAAACUUGAUAAUGGAGUGAUAGUGUGCCAUUUAGCUCAGCUUAUUCAAAAAAGAGCGGAAGAAUAUAGGAAGAAUGGGUUAACUGAUGAGAUUGUUCCUACGGUAAAGUUUAAAUGCUGGGAAAAUGCCAAAUCAAAAUCUUUCUAUGCCCGAGAUAACGCUGAAAAUUUUUUGAAAUGGUGCCGAAAAUUCGGAGUUCAUGAAGCUGUAAUUUUCGAAUCGGAUGGACUUGUUUUACAUACACAGACUAGGGCUGUGGUCUUAUGCCUUUUAGAACUUGGACGAAUUGCUGCCAAAUAUGGAAUGGAGCCACCAGGGUUAGUAAAACUAGAGAAGGAGAUUGAAGAACAGGAAGAAAAUGGUCUUUCUCCUGAUCUCAGUUCUACUUCAGAGUCAUCAUUCUGUUUAGAUGGAUCAUCUGAUCCUUUGAAUGGUGCGGCCAAUCCUCUUAAUGGCUCUACUGAUCAAUUGGAUGCAUCGGAUUAUCCACUAGACAGCUCAGCAUAUCAAUUAGAUACUUCAACAGAUGCUGCCUGCUCAGUAAUAAGAAAAAGCAGCAGCUCUUUGAGGAUCAGUAAUGGCGAUAAAUCUGACUCAGGAAAAAAGAUAAAUUCAGCAAAUACUAAAAAGCGCAAGCCAUCCAAAUUGGACCAAAAGGUAAUGCAAAUUGUAAGUUCUAUUGGUAAAGACAAAAAUGAGGUCGUUCAAUUAGCAGAAGGUAGAUACUCAAUAGGAGGAAAGUCAGUUUUUGUUAGAGUAAGUAAAUUUGCAAAUUCAAAAUACAAUUUAUCAUGCAUAACUGCAGUAUUCUAUUUAAACAUUCAAAAAUAUAGUUUAAAUUUAAUGCAAAGCCAGAACCAAAAAUAUAGUUCAUUCACUUGGGUGUUUUAUUUUUAUUCACUAAUUUCAUGUGCCUAGAAGAUGUUUGAUAUGUAUGUAUCUCUAAAUUAUAUAUAUCAAUAUUUCUGAAUUUGUGUGUGUGUGUGUGUAAACACAAUCAUUAUAGAUCAGUCUUUAUCCACACAGUCAUUAUUAUUAAAUGGGAAGUGUUUAGGCUCCGUUUAGAAAGAACUAAUGGACUAACUCGGGUGGACAACAGUUUUUGCCCUUGGGCCGAAUUAGAAAGAAAACUUUUUCCACAGGCCAAACCAGAGGCUACCCUAGGAAGAUUUUGAGGUGGUGCAAGAUCUCAAUAUGGUGUCACCCCAUAAAGACUAAAUUGUACAUAGAGAUUACAGAUAUAUUUUUCACAUUAUCAUGCUUUAUGAACAUUCUAUGCUGUACUUACGAGAUUUGUAAUGGAGAGUUAACUCUAAACACACAGUGAGUUGUUGGCCUUUUUUCUUUUUUUUCAGUUAUCAGAAUUUUUCAUUGAGCUAUUCGGAAUUGAGUAGCUAAUAUUGAAAGAUUGAUCAUGGGCCACAUAUAUUCAUUAGACGCGUCGUAUGUUGGCCAUGCCUGGACUAACUGCAACCAGAUUUGGUGUGCAUACUUUCUUAACUAUGGAAUUUUGAUUUUUCAAAUAAAAAGUUCCAAAAUUUCCUGAUGGAAACAUUUUGCACUCAUAUUGGUGCAAUUUGAAUAUUAGAUAGG